AUGGGGCAUCGAUUUAAUGGCGGUGGUGGAGCAAAUCAAGCACUUGAGGUUGAACGAGGUGAAGAACAGGCAGAGGAAAUCACGUACCCAUCAUCUCCUUCAUGGAGAACCCAAAAUUUGGGUUCAUUCUUGGAUCUACACAAUUGGCAUCCCCGAUCGAUGACUUUUACCCAUAUGAAUAAUGGUUUUAACCCCAUUGCAUACAACCACGAUGUUGAUGGGUUCAUUUCUUUUAUUUACGUUGAUGCAGGGAAGAGGGAUCUGUCAAAGGUGUGA